CGUAGGUUGUAGAAAUGCCGUUUUGGCGCCAACUAUUGGCGCAGUUUGGUAACCAGAAAGAAAGAGACACAGAUUCUUUUUGACUCAAAAGGUUUUCGAUGGGGAGUCCAGCCUUAGAAGCGUUUCGCCCUGCUCAAUUCUCGGAGGAUGCGGCUUGGCUCCCUAUUUGGCUUCAGCAACAGAAUGUGGAACCAUUUAAUGAGGGCAUCAAUGGAGGAGAGACCCCUUUCGACCAACGUGUUAAGGAAUUGCAAUUGUUGCAGCAAGAGAUCAACAAGGAGGAAAAUGCCAAUUUGUCAACAAGUGGUGAAGGUGGUUAUAAGAGUUGUCAUUUGUUGUUAUCUGAGGAUGAAAUUUCACCUCAUUGCUUUGCAGCGUCUAAUGAUAAUGUGAUUAAUUUCCAUCUUCACCUAUCAGCUGAUUCUAACUCUGAGUGCCUGGCAAAUCCCCUAAAAGAUUCAUCUCAAGUACAAGGGCUUGUUUCAAAUAGGGCAGUCUUGAAGCAACCUGUUGGAAUGUCAGUAGUUUCGGAAGGGAAAAUCAACCACUCCGAUGUGGGAUGCAAUCCUCUCUUUGUCAAUCAUUCUCCAAAUUCUAGAUGUCUUAAUGAAAACCAUAUUCCGAGGCACGAAGGAAAUGUUGGAUUUUGUCAAGUUGAUGAUAUCAGUGAAGCAGUGGAACUGUCUAUUGCAGCAUCUGAAGCUCUGGUAAUUCACGAAAUUAUGACUGGAAUAGUUACAAAACCUUUUCUGGCUACAAUGGUAUUGGAAGCUGCAAUUCAGCUGAAGCAAGCACGGCUCGAUAUUUGGAAUGAGACCUCUCAAUGUUCAUCUAUGCACAUAGGUGAAAUGGAUUUCCAUUCAGUCAUGCAUGAUUUGACUGUGGAAGAUGCGUAUGAGAAUGUUGGUUUGUCAAUAGUUGAUCCCUCAAUACAUGAAAACGACGUAUCUCAGGUUAAAGAUACUUUCGACUCGGAAAAUCAUAGACAUGAAGGAAAUUCGGAACAUGAAGAGGCUAUUGGUUUUGUGAAAACUCUUGAUGAUGUUGAGGUACAAAUAGCAGACAAGGGCUUACAUGAUGAAAUGAAAGUGGAAGAGAUUUCAGCUUCAGAAAUUUUCUGUGGUAAUAGAUGCAAGGAACUUCUGAAGAACUCUUCUGUAUGCUUGGAUUCAGCCAGUAAAGAUUGUUCCACUAGUUCUCCAGUGGAUUGCUCAGAGCAGGAAAAUUUUCAAGUUUCAGCUUCAGUGGAGCUAGCUGACUAUGGUGUGGGUAAGGAUGAUUGCCGUCAUGCACAUGCACAGUCUUCUUUCACUAGGACUUCUGAAGCUUCUGAAAAAUAUAGUACUGCAGUGAAUUUUCUUCCGAGAAGAUUUCAAAGUCGUUGGUUAGGUGGUUGGGCAUGGAAGGUGGACGAGAAGCCCUUUGCUCAAAUGGAACAUCGAGAGAUUCAAGGCAUUCCUAAACCUUUUGUGAAUGAGAUGAGCUAUUUAUCAGAAUCUGCUGAUGUUGCUCUAGAUGAGAACUCAGUUCUUCAGAAACGAUCUAAAAGAACCAACCCCAGUUCUCAAGCAAGCAUUCCUUCUGAAAUCUAUUGCAACAAAGAAGACAGGGAAAUAAACUCUCAGGAUGUCAUGAGAUGUUCAAGCCUAUCAGUUGGUGAUCCUCUUUGCUCGGUUGUUGCCUGUAGUUUCUCAUUGGAAAACAUUUGCUCCACUGCACUUUUGAAACAUGAACGUGACAUUUCUGGAAAUUGUUCCAUAGCAAAGCCAGAAUAUACAACAGACAAUUUGCAGAGGACAUCUACUGCAGUUGAGUUGGUUCAUGCUGAAGAGCAUAUUGUCCCAGUGACCUAUUCUGAAUUGCUGCCUGUGGUUCAUCGCCAGUUCACCUCUCUGAAACCUUAUAGCGUAAUGGCUGGUAAUCCUGGUGGUUCUUUGGCGAAAGAAAAUUCUUGCCGUGGAACUUUUCCAACUGAAACCAUGCCAAAAUUGUCAAUGAUGGAGAAUCCUUUCUCCAAUUUGACUGGCAUUAAAAGCUUCAACAAGCCUGUGGAGAAUGGUCCUUUUACCAUGUAUUUAUGGAAUAAUGAGAAGAUGUCAACUCCUAUACUUGACCACAGACAAGAAAAGUCUGCAAUGCAGGGUGGCUCUGAGGUUUUUGCGCAUAACAAAAAGCUGCCUAAGGUGCAGUCUACUUGUGAAAAUCAAAAUUCUUCCCAAAUACCAGCAAGGAAGCGUGUACAUUUUGUGGACGCUGGCACCAAUAAUUUCCCAAAGAAGAAACUUUCAAAGCACCGAGCAUCACUAAAGGAUUCUCAUACAAGUAGAGCUAGUAAAAAAUUGAGAACUACUAAUCGACAUUGCGACUCUGGAGGUCAGGAGCAGAGAAGGUGUCAAAGAAAUUGUUUCAGCAAUAAAUGGCUAAGGCUUCUAUUCCGGAAUAUGGAGUUCUUGCUAACAGGAUUUUCUAUUCAAAAGGAAAAGCAAUUUGAGGGUCUAAUUAAAGAAUAUGGUGGCAUAAUUCUUUCUGACAUCCCUUCUCCAAAAUCCAGAGGCAACAGAAUCUCAAGAUUCAGUUCUCACAAGCUUCCUAUUGUCCUAAGCUCAAAGAAGAUGGAAACAAUCAAAUUUUUAUAUGGUUGUGCUGUCAAUGCCCUUGUGCUUAAAGCUGAUUGGCUCACUGAUUCAAUUGUAGCAGGUUUAAUCUUGCCUCCUCAGCAAUAUAGCAUUUUACACGAAAGUUUUGCUGGAUGUUUCACCAGAAGUAGGUUACCUUUCAGUUGCAACUUUCGGCAGCCUAUCUUUGAUAAUUUUGGCAUCAUGCUGCAUGGGAAGAACAAUUUCUGCAUUCAGAUGGGAAAAAUAAUCAAGCAUGGUGGCGGCAAGGUCUUCAAAACACUCAAGUCUUUGGUUGACAAUAUCAAUACUGAAAGGAUUUCACUAGGAGCUAUUGUUGUUGAAAAUGAGAGCAGGGCUUCACGUCAUCUAAAGCAAUGUGCUUUGGAGUAUGAGAUACCAAUGAUGUCUAGUCAUUGGAUCAUUAAGAGUUUACACAAUGGAAAGCUUCUUCCGUUCAAUGAGAAAAAGAAUUCCUCUUGUUUGACCACUUCAAGGCUUCCAAAUUGCUUGGCUUCCAUUGAAUUAAGUGAAGAAAUAUGAAGCUGUGCUUCUUCUGUGGUAAAGGAGCACUUGGGAGUAUCUGGUAAGCUUUUGUAGUUGAGUAUUUUGUGAGAUUCAAGUUAUUUAGAGUGUAUUCCAUGUUAAUUGGGGUAACGAGUCCAAUGAGUCCAAUGAUACAAGCUAGCAGAACAGUAUUUAUGCAGCUGGUGUUUUGUUUAUCAUUAUCAUGCAAUAAGCUGGUCCGAAUUUGUCGAUAUAUGAGACUUAUAUUUG